UGGGGUCAUUCCUCCAUGAACCAGUACCUUAUAUUUGACCCUGUGAUUAUCACGUUCAAGUCGCUGAAAGCGCAGCAAAAAUGGCAAAAGCACAACUGCUGAUAUUUUUAAAUUUACUCCUAAUUUCGACGUCCAAAACUAAUCAUUCCGUCACUAAACGGUCCCUGCUUUUUCCCCGCGCAACUGUUUUACAGUUUACUUAUGGCAUAUCUGCCCCUGCAAUUCUCCCUUCAAGAUCAAUCAAUUUGAGUCUAUGUUUCCAAGUGAAUUACGACCUUCCUUACAACAUUUCCAACUUUCGGCCGAAAAUCAUACAAGCUAAAGCCAAUGACCAUUUCGAUUUGAGCCGGGAAACGUUCUACAAAUACAUAAUAAAAUUCCUCGACAAUUUUAAUAUGGAAGGUGAGGAAUGCCUGUACCGAAUGAUAUGCGAACUGGCGGAAUUUCCCAUGCAUUUGGAUCAGUCUGAGAAUCUUUUGGAAAAAAUUGUGCAUUUUGUGUUUACACCAUCUUUGGAACUCUCAAGCAACUCAACGGAAAAGUUCAGCAGUAAGUUGUUAGAAGCGGAGAAUUUGGGAAAAACUGAUGGGAAUUGCCAUAAAAUAUACUCGAAGUGUUUUGUGCCCCUGUUAAGCUUAUUUACAGCGAAAUAUAUUAUAUAAAACCA